AUGACUACGCUUUGCAGCCCUUGGAACCAAGGUCAGCGGGACGAGUAUCCUUCGAAAGCGUUGGCGAACUUUCUAUAUUCCUCGAACUUUGCUGCAAAAGAGAUGGAUGAUAUUCUGGUAGCGGAAUGCAAUAACAGGAACACCGUCUAUGUGCUGAAUUCCAGCUACCGAUAUGGGAAUUUGGACAUGAUAGAGCUGUUCGGUUCGCCUGCUGGCCGGGCAUUAACGCUGAAUAAUAAAACUGCAGCCGAGUUGCAGCAUGGCGCCAGACCGAUGCCCGGUAGCAGAAGCGAAUCCCAACCGGGCGGAAAUAUCACCUCCACCAACAUCAGCAGCAUUAUCUGCCCUGAUGGGAGCAGUACUGCCGGCCAUCACUUCAUCGAAUCGAGCGAAUUCAUUAGGUUCGCGUCCAGCAGGGAACCAACCGCAGCCGCCAUCGCCUUCCGCAGUAAAAGCGCCGAUGCUAGCAGUAAAAGCGGAGUGCCGGUCCAGCUGGAUCAACCGAGCAGGCGGAAUAAUUUGAAAAUGGCCAAAUUUUGGAAGCUGUUCGACGAGGACCGGUUACGGAAGGCCAACGGUGCGGAACGGACCGGUGAUAAGCUCCGCCAAAGCCGUUGGAUUGCACCACCGGUGGCCGAUCGGGCGACGGAAUCGGUCGACAAAUCCGCUAAUGAUUUGUACAGCGAAGCAGCCCAGCUGUUGGGCAUCAAGUGUGCCCUGACAGACAGCUGUCGGUGUAUAGACUGUCAGAGCCAGUACUUCGACUGCGAUGACGAUGCGGACACAUAUUCGGAAUACUCCGACAAAUCGUACGACCUGGAGGACAAUUUGUUCACACAUCGAUCAUAUUAUAAUGAUCACUCGACGGUACCGUCGGUGCCAGAUACAGACACCUUCGGGGCCGCCGGUGUCGCUGCAAUCAAUGACCGUUUGAAUCGGCACCGUCUUCCGCCCGGCCGGUCCUGGGACACGGAAGGCGACGCGCAGGAUGUCAAUGGUAAUGAAUGCCAGCAUUAUUUGCAUAGCACCCACAAUCCGUCUUCAUUGAAUUUAUCAUUGGAUGAGGGACAGCCACCGGCAAGCGACCGCUCUCAAUUGCCAAUUGAUACGUCCGAAACCGAGGCCCGGCACCCGGAAUGCCCGGAGGAACCCGAUGAGAUUGGAGCUGCCGGUGCGAGCGUGGCAUGAGAAAGGAUUACGGCUUCAGAGGCCUACGAAGACCCACCAGCGACCUUUUCAGCCACCGUUAGAGAGGAGGAAAGCAUCGUGCUGGUCACCGUUGAUGGCUUCAGCUGCACCAAUGAGCCCGGG